GCGAGGGGUGGGGGCGAAACCAAAUCACGAGGCGAGGCAAAUGUAUUUUUUAUUGCUCAUUUCAACAACAACGCUCUAUUGGCCAUGUAAGUCGUGUUCUUCUAUAUGUAUUUUUUUUUUAUAAAUACACAAGAACAUUACUUAAACAUAUAAAAAAACAGUGAAAUUGGGGUAAAGUGCAAAUGGAGGUGCAGUGUAACGUGUUAAUUGUUCAUUAGGGAGAGAUAUUCAUAGAGUCCAUUAAUUAACUAUUUUAGUUCUUGAUUUUUUCACGUUUUAUUUUUUUUUGCUUUAUGUUUUGACGCAUUUAAUGGUUUUAUCUGAAGCACUUUUAAUAUCCUCGUUGUUGAAAUGUGUCAAACAACUAACUAACUAAAUGAUUUGUAAUUAAGUAUGUUUUCUGCUGCUGGGGUGAAACCAAUAGCAACUGCAUCAACACAAUUUCCCUGUCUCACUCGUAAUACACCAUGUGUGUAUAGUAGUCUAUAUGAUAUAAAGUCACCUAAUAUUUGCUCUUCACUUUUGGUUAUGUAGAGACGAACGUACAAGAGGAGAGUCAUUCUGUUGCGCCGUUUUGUGCCGCCAUCUCUUGGUUAGAGUAAGAAGUGUCUAUGAUAAUCUCGUGUAACGACGGAAGAUCGAUUAGUUGUUUCUUUAGCAUUACUAAAAUAUUAUUUUUUAAUUUUAAUCUAAGUUAGUGUUGUAUCUGUAUUUACAUAUGUAUUUAUAUGCAUUUUAUUGUAAAGGCGGUAGAGUUGGUUAUUAAUGGGGAACCAAUUAUAUUUGCGUCCCAUUUCCUUCAGGGCACGUUCGAUAGCUGGACAAAAAAGUAGAGUAUACCAUAGCUACGACACUGUAAAUGCUUAAAAUAAAGCCGAAAUUAUCCUGUAUAUUUAGUAAGUAGCUAUGCAGGAAUUGUAUAAUAAUUUAUAACCAUUAAGCAAAGACACCUCAAUCAAAAUCUCCAAAAACGUUGUCCGGAUGUGAGGUUCAUUGGUUUUCCGCCACUUCCGGUUCCUUCGACAACACGGUAGUGCACAUGGGGCAAAGUAGCUAGUCACAUAUAGCACCCCUUAGAUACACUAUAUACAAGUUUUGUUUCGUCUGUAGUAUACUAUAUAUACAUAUAAAUAUAUUAGAACACAAAAAGUAGGUAUGGGUAAGAAGAAAGACGGCGGAGGAGGCGGACUGGGUCGAUCUUUGAUCAAGGAGAGACUCCAGGCAGGCCGAGGAAACAAGCGGGGCGACACCUGGCGCCACACAUGUGAGCUCAAUGAUGGCUAUGACUGGGGACGACUCAACCUGCAGUCAGUGACAGAGCAGAGUUCCAUGGAUGACUUUUUGGCCACUGCCGAAUUGGCUGGAACAGAGUUUGUUGCAGAGAAGCUCAACAUCAAAUUUGUCCCACCUGAGGCCAGAGCAGGCUUAUUGACAGCUGAAGAGCAAACAAGGCUGAAAAAGCUGCAUGAAGACAACAAGCAUUUCCUCAGAAUUCCUAGACGCCCCCACUGGGACGAAGGCACAAGUGCAGAUGCACUUCAGCAAACAGAGAAGGACAGCUUCUUGGAGUGGAGACGAGUGCUUGCACAACUAGAAGAGGAACAGAAGUUAAUUCUCACCCCAUUUGAGAGAAACCUGGAGUUCUGGAGACAACUCUGGAGAGUGAUUGAGAGGAGUGAUGUCGUCGUUCAAAUUGUUGAUGCCAGAAACCCUUUGCUGUUCAGAUGUGUCGACCUGGAGGCGUACGUAAAGGAGGUGUCGGAGCACAAGGUCAACAUGCUGUUGGUGAAUAAGGCCGACCUGCUGACCAGGGAACAGAGGCGAGUGUGGGCCAGACACUUCCAGAAAGAGGGGCUGAGGGCAGUUUUCUGGUCUGCGCUGGCAGAGAGCGACCGACUGGAUGCUGAGGAAAAGGGCAUGGAAGUGGAGGAACAAGACUGUGCAGAGAGUGACCCUGAAGACGAAGAACAGCCAGACAACGAAGUCCAAAUAAGGCCAGCUGGAGAAGAGGAGGAGGAGGAGGAGGAGAUGGAAGGUGAUGAAGAGGGGCACCAGAGUGGUGCAGAUGAAGAGCAGCAGGACAAGGUAACUGUUGCUGAGGAGGACUGGUUCACCUGCUCAGAAGAUGACGAACAUGAAGAAGACGGCGGAGCUGGUUCAUCCAAUAAAUCCCCAUUCCACAACUCAAGCAGGCUACUCCAUAAGGAUGAGCUGCUUGAAAUGUUUAAGGCGGUUCACAGCGGGCCCAGGUGUAAAGAAGGACAGCUAACAGUGGGACUGGUUGGCUAUCCUAAUGUGGGGAAGAGUUCCACCAUCAACACUAUUCUAAGGAACAAGAAGGUGUCUGUCUCAGCCACUCCUGGACACACUAAGCACUUUCAGACUCUGUAUGUGGAGCCGACCCUGUGCCUCUGUGACUGCCCGGGUCUGGUCAUGCCCUCCUUUGUUUCUACCAAAGCUGAGAUGAUCUGCUCUGGGAUCCUUUCCAUUGACCAGAUGAGAGAUCACGUACCUGCAAUCUCCCACAUAUGUCAGGUGAUCCCUCGACAUGUCUUUGAAGGCACCUAUGGCGUCAACAUCAUCAGACCACGAGAAGACGAAGACCCCGACAGGCUUCCCACCUCUGAGGAGCUGCUGAUGGCUUAUGGAUACAUGAGAGGCUUUAUGACAUCACACGGACAGCCUGAUCAAUCCAGAUCCUCCCGGUACAUCCUGAAGGACUUUGUCUGUGGAAAGCUUUUGUACUGCCAUCCUCCUCCACAUAUCAACGCUCAGGACUUCCAGCCGCAGCACAAAAACUUCCUGAAAAUGGACUCCGACUGCUGUGGCCUCUCAUCCACAUCGACAAACAAACCGCAUAGAGUCAGGAGAAUUGAAAAUGUGGUCGACAAGAACUUCUUCCAUCAGGAGAACGUGCGGGCGCUCUCCAAGGGGGUUCAGUCCGUAAUGGGCUACAAGCCAGGCAGCGGACCUGUCGGCCCGGGACAACGUGGUUCAGAGGCGGUGGUGGGAAAACCUUGGAAAAAACACGGCAACAGCAACAAGAAGGAGAAAGUACGACGUCUUACCAGGCACCUGGAAGCCUGACGCAGAUUUGAAGUCAAAGCAAAAAGAAGGUUUUUUUCCCAGAGAAGUUAAUCCUGAGUCCUGAGGUUAUCUCCUGAUGAGGUGCAUAAUCUUUGAUAAAGUGCUCUGGUUAGAAGAUCAUAUUGGUUUAAUGCAUUCUGUCAACUGGAUCACCAGUUCAACACUAGAUCUCACCAAAGUGUUGGUACAUGGAGUCAACAUUCAGAGAGUGAAUUUGAACGGCACUUUUUUAAAGUCAUUUCAGACACUGCAUCACAAAGGUCAAGUCAUCCGGGAAAACCACCGCUUGAAUCUGCUUUUAUUCAUAAAACAUGUGGUUAUGUAACAAAGCUGAAAAUAAAUUGUCAUGUUGCUGCA